GAAAUACUCUUGGAAUAUAGCAAAAAAAUUGUUUUAAAUUAGUAAAAACGGAUCGGCCUUGAAGUCGAGCUAUCGAAAAAUAACAUCUUCUUUCUCAAAACGCAAAAGCCCUCAGUCUGUAGAAACCCUAGUUCGCCGGUUCAGAAUCUGCAACAGCAAUCAUGUCGACCAACACUCCGAACCUAGAGUGCCGGAUGUACGAAGCUAAAUACCCGGAAGUUGAUCAGGCGGUGAUGAUACAAGUAAAAAGUAUGGCUGACAGCGGCGCUUACGUUUCACUCCUCGAGUACAACAACAUUGAAGGAAUGAUUCUCUUCUCAGAGCUCUCUCGCCGUCGUAUUCGGAGCAUAAGUAGCUUAAUCAAGGUGGGAAGAAUCGAACCCGUCAUGGUUCUUCGAGUUAACAAGGAGAAGGGUUACAUCGAUCUCAGCAAGCGGCGUGUCGCCGAGGAGGACAUUCAGGCAUGUGAAGAGAGGUACAAUAAGAGCAAGCUUGUACAUUCUAUCAUGCGCCAUGUGGCUGAAACCAUGGAAGUCGAUCUCGAGGAUCUUUACAUCCACGUUGGCUGGCCUCUAUAUAAAAAAUAUGGCCAUGCUUUUGAGGCAUUCAAGCAUAUUGUUAAUGAUCCAGAUUCAAUUCUAAAUUCCCUCACCCGCGAAGUUAAAGAUGUUGACCCUGAUGGGAAUGAGGUAAUAAAGGUGGCCCCAGCACUCUCGGAGGAAGUUAAAAAUGCUUUGGUACAAAAUAUCAGAAGAAGAAUGACUCCACAGCCAUUGAAAAUUCGGGCUGACAUUGAGAUGAAAUGCUUUCAAUUUGAUGGUGUGCUUCACAUUAAGGACGCAAUGCGUAAAGCUGAAGCUGCCGGUAACAAGGAUUGCCCUGUCAAAAUUAAACUUGUAGCCCCUCCAGCAUAUGUUCUCAACACUCAGACUCUUGACAAGGAGCAAGGCAUAAAGGUCCUUGAAACAGCGAUUGCAGCAUGCCAAGAGGAAAUAGAGCGUUUUAAGGGAAAACUCACAGUGAAGGAAGCUCCUAGAGUGGUAAGUGAAAGAGAGGACAAACUGCUUGCUGAAGAGUUGAAAAAACUUGGCCGCGAGAAUGAUGAGGUCAGCGGUGACGAAGACAGUGAUGAGGAGGAGGAAGAUACAGGGAUGGGAGAAAUUGAUGUAGAAAACUCUGGGCCUGCUAUAACUGACUGAAGGAAUGAGUGGGUGGGUUAUACAAUUUUGUAUUCUAUGCGGCCUUAAUGACAUUAAUUAAAUAAUUACCUCAUACUUAUUUAUUAAUUCACUUAGCAAUGUACCCCCAAUUUUCUGGCAAAGUACACCAGCUUCAUUUUUAAUUAAGUAGCUUGCAAAUUUGUGCAUCGCUAAACUGUGUAUUUAUUAUUAUUAAUGUUGUUGUUGAUGUCCUUGCUCUAAUGCCGUCUAUCUUGUUGCGCAAUGAUAAUGAUUAUGGUGUUGAGCAGUGGAAGAUGCAAUUCUUGUAGUGACUGUUUGGAGGCUUUAUUCGUUAUU